CUCACGCAGAAGGGAGAAGCACAUCAUAUCAUCAUGGCUUCCAACGCAGCGCCCAAGCUGGACUCAGCCAAGCUGAAAGCCUUCGAGCACGCCGCUGCAGGCCACGAUGGAGUCUUGUCCGACGAGUCCGGCGAACUGAUCAUCAAACCAUGCACCCAAGCCGAGAUCGCAUUCUACCAAGAAAGCCUACAACACCAUCCGAAAUUCUACGAAUUAAUGCCAACAUUCAUGGGCACGCUCUCGCUCGGCGCACCCGCCACCAUUCCAGCCGUCACAGCCGCAUCCGACGAAGCACUCACGCAAGACCAAAAAGACCAAAACCUCCUCCACGGCCAGAAAAUCGCCUCCGAGACCGCCAUCGUGCUCGAGAACCUCGAACACGGCUUCAAACGUGCCAACGUCAUGGAUCUCAAGCUUGGCGCCGUGCUGUACGAUCCGGAGCAGACGAAAGCCGAGAAAGCUUCGCGGCUCGACAAAGUGGCGGCGGAAACGACGAGUGGAUCUCUAAACUUCCGAAUCGCGGGCAUGAAAGUGUGGAAUGGAAAUUCUUUUGACAUUUACGAUAAAUUCUACGGGCGGAAGUUCAAUGCGGAGAAUGUGAAGGAUGGGUUUGCGACUUUUUUCAGUAGUCUUGGCGCCGGCGCCGUCAGGAAAGAGGAUGCGAGGGAACUUCUUGAGACGAUUUUGGCGGAGAUUACGAAGGCGAGACACAGUCUGGAGAGAUCGGAGUCCAGGAUGUAUAGUGCGAGUAUCCUGAUCGUGUAUGAGGGUGAUGCUGAUGCGUUGGAUACGCUGAUGGGUGGCGAUCCGAAAACUCCGAGGGUGGAUGAGCGCGCGCCGACGACUUUCGAAGUCAAGAAAUCUCAGGAGGAAGAAGAGGAGGAGGAGGAGUCCCUGCCUACGACGCAUGCGGUCAAAAUGAUUGAUUUCGCGCACGCUGCUUGGACGCCCGGUAAAGGUCCUGAUACGAAUGUUAUUACUGGAUUGAAGAACAUCGAGGAUCAGAUGGAUAUGCUCAUAGCGAGAUUCGACUAGUGGUCAGCUCGUACGGAUAUCAAAGACCUCUCUGGCGUGCCGCGAUCGAAGAGCUCAAAAUCGCGAAGUGGAGGGAGGCAGAUAAGAUCAUGAUCCUGAGUUCGAAAUCGCGCUCGCUUCAGGAUAUCGGCGUGGCAAUAUUUUUUGACUGCGCAACACAAACCCAUGGCCCCUAGAGAUACCCCAGAGCCUAGAGUAAUACAGUAGCAGCCUAGAAUUCCAACCAGAUGC